UUAUUUGUAUGUACUCCAACUUUUAGCUAUAUUUUUUCACAGGUAGUUCACCAAAUUGCCAAAUUGCCAAAUUGCCAAAUACCAAAGUUCAACAUAUUCAAACGAUCAACUAUCAACCGUUACCGUUUGCCAUCGAAAAAGCUGUCAUGCCCAUGCUCAUUCAAAUGUAUUUACACUUGUGUUCGUUCAUUUUCCCCCGCAAACACACAGAUACCGUACAUCGAGAUCGAGUUCCGCGAUGCGCCGAAGAAGCGCAUCAAGCGCAACCUCUCGCUCAACUGUGACGAGAAUGCGAACGAGACGCGCUGCUGCCGGUACCCGCUGACGGUGGACUUUGAGAAGUUUGGCUGGGAUUGGAUCAUCGCGCCGAAGCGCUACGAAGCGUGGUACUGUGCCGGUGAGUGCAUGAUCAGCUUCCUGCCCAAGUACGAGCACACGCACGUGAUGCAGCUCAGCACCUCGGCCAUACCGUGCUGCUCGCCGAAGAAGAUGAACUCGAUCCGGCUGCUGUACUUUGACAUGAGCUACAACGUGAUCUACAGCACCAUACCGAACAUGGUGGUGGAAAAGUGCAGUUGUUCCUGAGCUCUUCGGUGCUUACAAGCGAGACCCGGAAAUUGGACGCGAAAGGAGGAGGUGAACUUGAUGUGAAAAGAGUAUGCAGUUGUAGGCAAAGGGACAAACCAUGAACAUGAUUACAGAAAUGGGCAGAAAUUGGCAGAAAAGAUGAAAGAAGUAAGUAACAAAUAAUGCUGGGGGCUAAAAUAAUUAGUGUAAAGUACAACAAAAUAACGACACAAAACAACAAGAAAAAAAAACAUAAAUAGAAAACAACAGUAAUCAACAAACAAACGAAUCAACAACGAUAAAAACACACACAAUACACAACACAAAAUAAAAGAAAUAGACAAUAACAACACAAUCCAAACGGGGAUAGAGUAAGAAACAACAAAAUUGACGAAAAAAAAAUCAAAACAUUGCUACUAAAAAUUCGCUUAAAAAGGAAGAUGGUAGAGAAAACAGGAAACGUUUGGUUUUUGUCUUUCAAAUCUACUUCUACAACGAGUCUGAGAAAGGUCGGCAACAUUUUGGAGCUUAACUAAAAAUUAGUCUAGAUCGACUUAGCCAGUUAGUAAGGGUAGCGAAAUUAUAAAACACAUUAUCACAUAGGCAUCACUAAAUUUUAGGCAAACAAAAAAAAAAAAAAAAGAAGUGCAAAAUCAAAAAUCUUAAAACACAUUAUAAGAUGUAAAAGCUUCGCUUGCAGUGUAGUUAACCUAAUAAUAUUGUAUGGCUAAUUGGUUGGGAUCAGUGGCUAACAUGCUAAAUUUAAAACAAAAAGACAGAAAGUAGAGUGGUAGUGCGAAAGGGAAAGCGAACAGUGCGAUAGGAAAAGAGCAGAGAAAGCAAGAUAAACAAUAAGUGUGUGUGUGUGGCGUUUGUUUUUUGGCUUCGAUAGAUUUGACGUACGAGAAAAACCAGUAUACGACGCGAGCGGGAUAACCAGUUAUAAUACGUAGCAAACAAGAGCAAACAAAAUGGAAAUGAUACAAUAUGUGAUAACUAGUAAGCGGAAACAAUAGAAUGUAUAUGGGUUCUUGGAAUCGGUUCGUUAGUGACAGCGCAACCGCUUUGCAAAUUUUAGCUUGAUUGAGCAAAAUAAAAAUCAUUUUUCCAUUGCGAUAUUUUCGCCGACAAA